AUGAAAGCAAUAGUCACAAAACGCUCUCUGCCCAAGCGGUUACUCAGCUUUGCUCUUGGUAGUCCACUUGGGGAAGGCGCACAUGUCAAAGAAAUCCCAAUCCCAGAAAUCACAGACGACGAGGUCCUGGUUAAAGUAUGCGCUGUCGCGCUAAAUCCAAUAGACUUCAAGGACAUCGAUUUCAUUUCACCGCGGAAUAGUGUUGCUGGCUGUGACUAUGCCGGCCAGGUGACCAAGGUUGGGAAGAAUUCUGGACAUAGUUGGAAGGUUGGGGACAGAAUAGCUGGCUUUGUCCAUGGCGGGUUGUACCCUGACGUUGGCUCCUUUGCCGAGUACCUCAAAGUCGACGGAGAUCUCGCCUGGAAAGUACCCGAGACGAUGAGCUACGCUGAAGCAGCCACCUACGGAGUUCCAGCAGCUACGGCGAUGCUUGCACUCGCAUAUCUUGACAUCCCCUGGGCAGACAUCGAGAAGGGGCGCGACCUCCACACCGAUCAAUCACCAAUUCUCAUCUAUUCAGGCGGUUCCAAUGUCGGUCUCUUCGCUAUCCAGCUAGCCAAGAGGGCAGGUUUAAAGGUUGUUGCAACCGCCUCUCCACGUUCUUUUGAUCUUGUGAAGCGAUAUGGUGCAGAUGCUGUUUAUGAUUACCGGUCUCCAACAGCUGCUGGUGAAAUCGCUAAAGCCUAUCCAAAUAUUACAAGAGCCUUGGACUGUUUCUCAGAGGGCAGUUCCACCACCUUUUGUGCCAAUGUGCUUAAGACCGGCAAAGUGGUAACGUUACUUGACCAAGGAAAGCCGAAUAAACCAGAAAUCGAGUAUAAGUUUUUGAUGGUCUACACUGUCUUUGGCCGGCAGUUCAGCAUGAUGGCGCCACUAGGCCCUUCGUUUCCGGUUGCCCCGUCUGACCGCCAGGCUCUUCGUCAGUUUUAUGCUGGUCUGCCAAAAUUGUGCCAGGAUGUUGUGAGGCCGCCACCCAUCACGACAACGCAAGGUGGAUUCAAGGAGGUCUUCGAGGGCUUGAGUACGCUUCGAAAGGGAGAGGGUAGGGGCACCAAGCUCGUCGUGGAACUUGAAUGA